CAAUUGUACAAAUUAUAUUCAUAUUUUGUUUGAUUUUUUAUUUCAGCUUUAAGGUGCACGAACCACUACUUCCUUUAUCUAACCUCAAUGGAUGUAGCCAGUGUCUCCUUUCCCUUUGAAUAUUAGCUAAAUUUACAAGGUUCAACAUAUCUUGGUCAUCUUCGUCGUCCGAGAACAUUUCAUAUGUAGGUAACUGACAAACCACAAACAUCGGUAUCCCUUUCUGACUGAAUUGAGUGCGCCAAGUCCGCUCCACAGCUGCACCACGCCACUCCCAGGCCACCACCACACGUCCGUUCUGUGUGAAUUGCGCCUUAGGCUACGGUUAUAGUGCAUGCGUGUUCUGACGAACUGGCGUUCGGCCGAAAACGUCAGAAUUCUUGGUCAGAACAAAAGUGGUUAGUUUGUUUGCGUAUUGUGACGAACUGAUUUUAAUUUUUACUGGUUUUGUUGCCGUCGCAAAAUAUCCGUGAUGGAUGACGUGGACGAUUAUCUGUUUUUAGAAAGUCCUUUGUUAAAAAUGUUGUUAAUGAAUGAAAGGACUAUAUGUAUAAACGAAAUGUUUGCUUCAAGGAAUAUUAAUGGUGAAUUUCACACCCUAUUUGAAGAACUUUUACGCCAACCAGAAAAAUUUUUCGAAUACUUUAGAAUGUCAAUACAAACUUUCAACUAUAUCCUAGAGGGGAUCGAAGAAAGUAUAACUAAGCAAUCAAACUUUCGAGAAUGCAUAUCAGCUAGAGAAAGAUUGGCCCUAACUUUGAGGUAUCUAUCUACGGGGAUGUCUUUUAGGGCACUCAGUUUUUCAUAUAGAAUUUCCCAUAGUGCAAUACGAUUAAUUGUUUAUGAAACAUGUCUAUCAAUAUGGAAUAGCUUUCGGGAAAAACACAUGCCUAUGCCUACUACAGAACAUUUAAAAGCUAUAGCAAAAGACUUUUUCACAAAAUGGAAUUUUCCUAACUGCGUUGGCUGCAUUGACGGAAAACAUAUCAGAAUUAAAUGCCCACAAAAUUCAGGAUCGUUAUAUUAUAAUUACAAACAGUAUUUUUCAAUAGUGUUACAAGGAAUAUCGGAUGCCAGUUAUAGAUUUGUGACUGUAGAUGUGGGAGCUUACGGAAAGCAAAGCGAUGGAGGCAUAUUUUCGCUUUCGAACGUUUAUAAACAUUUAGAGCAAAAUACGUUUAAUAUCCCAGAUAACGACUAUAUACCAUCAACAAAAAUUAUGGCGCCCUUUGUACUAUUAGGUGACGACGCUUAUCCGUUGAAGUCGUAUUUGUUAAAACCAUAUUCAAAACAGAAUCUUUCCCGUGAAGAACGGAUAUUCAACUACAGAUUGUCUAGAGCUCGGCGCUGUAUUGAAUGUGCGUUUGGGAUAUUAGUUAGUAAAUGGAGAUUUUUAAAAACAGAACUUCAGAUGUAUCCUGAAAAAGUUGACAUUCUAGUGAAAAGUGCAACCUUAUUGCAUAAUGUAAUUAUCGACAUGGAAGGAGUCCCAGUACUGACACAAGAACAACAUGGUCUCAAUAAAAAGACAUCUGUUUCAAGGCGAUACAAUCGCUACGGGGCAACAGCGGCUCAAGUAAGAGACAUUUAUAAAAAUUACUUUUGGAGCCCAGCAGGGGCGGUGCAGUUUCAGUAUAACAUUUUUAAUUAAUAAUUAAACCUAAAUUCCUAAACUCAUUUCUAAUUUAAUGUAAGUACUAUGGAAUAUAUGUAAUAUUAAUGUACCUAAUGUAA